CACGAUGUUUCCAGUUGGUUGCAUAAAUUACCAAUAAACUUAAUUAGCUGACUGCAUAAUCACUCAGGAAAAAGAAAAAAGGUUCAAUCUUGGCGCUCAAUUUUCACUUCUUACAGCCACUCAUGUUAAAGGCCCUGACAUCUUCGUCUCUACGAGGUCAAUUCUAUGCCAGGGCCUCGCCACUACCAACAUAUAGGCAUAAGGGGACUGAUUCGAACACGCCAUUAUUGCGGAUUUUCGGUUCUCUAAGAGAAUCGACUCGUCCAAACACUGGUUUAUGCUGGAGAGUCUUCUUUUGCUCGGAAUCCGGCGGCGAUGGCUCUGAGCCCUUUGCAGACUCCACUUCAGAGGCAAAGCCAGCUGAGGUGGAAACUGAAGAAUCGGAUCCAAAGUCUUCUGCUAUAGUACCUAUAUUCAAUCCGGAUGAUUGUCUUACGGUUCUCGCGUUGCCACUGCCUCAUCGACCAUUAUUUCCAGGAUUCUACAUGCCUAUUGCUGUUAAGGAUCCCAAGUUAUUAGCAGCUUUAACGGCUAGUAAAAAACGUCAAGCACCUUACGCGGGUGCCUUUCUGGUUAAAGAUGAUCCAGGAAGUGAGUCUAAUUUAACAUCUAUUUCAGAUACGGAUAAAAGUGUAUACAACCUUAAGGGAAAGGAUUUGUUGAAUCGGCUUCAUGAAGUUGGUACACUAGCUCAGAUCUCGAGUAUUCAAGGUGAUCAGGUGGUUCUUAUUGGUCAUAGGCGACUUCGAAUAACAGAGAUGGUCAGCGAUCACCCUCUAACAGUUAAAGUUGAACAUCUUAAGGAUACACCCUAUGAUAAAGAUGAUGACCUUAUAAAGGCUACAUCAUUUGAAGUCAUAUCUACCCUGAGGGAUGUUUUAAAGACAAGUACCCUUUGGAGAGAUCAUGUUCAGACUUACUCUCAGCAUAUAGGUGACUUCAAUUACCCAAGGUUAGCUGACUUUGGAGCGGCAAUAUCUGGUGCAAACAAACAUCAAUGCCAAGAAGUGCUUGAAGAGUUAGACGUCUAUAAAAGGUUAAGGCUCACAUUGGAAUUAGUAAAGAAGGAGAUGGAAAUUAGUAAAAUUCAGGAAUCAAUAGCAAAAGCAAUUGAAGAGAAGAUAAGUGGUGAACAACGUCGUUACUUGUUGAAUGAACAACUUAAGGCCAUAAAGAAGGAACUGGGUCUCGAAGCGGAUGAUAAAACGGCUCUUUCUGCUAAAUUUAGAGAUAGAAUUGAACCCAUCAAAGAAAACAUCCCAGCUCAUGUUUCGCAAGUUAUAGAAGAAGAAUUAACAAAAUUGCAGCUUUUGGAGGCUAGUUCAAGUGAAUUUAACGUGACACGUAACUAUCUUGAUUGGUUGACUGCAUUGCCUUGGGGCAGUUACAGUGAUGAGAACUUCGAUGUAGUUCGGGCACAAAAAAUUCUUGAUGAAGAUCAUUAUGGAUUGGAUGAUGUGAAGGAAAGAAUAUUGGAAUUCAUAGCUGUUGGGAAACUCAGAGGAACCUCUCAAGGAAAGAUAAUCUGUCUCUCUGGGCCUCCUGGAGUGGGAAAAACUAGCAUAGGCCGUUCAAUUGCCCGUGCUUUGGAUCGCAAGUUUUAUCGUUUUUCUGUUGGAGGAUUGUCUGAUGUUGCGGAGAUCAAGGGGCAUCGCCGUACAUAUAUAGGUGCCAUGCCAGGAAAGAUGGUGCAAGCCUUGAAGAACGUUGGAACAUCUAAUCCUCUUGUUCUUAUUGAUGAGAUUGACAAGCUAGGACGCGGACAUGCAGGCGAUCCAGCUAGUGCCAUGUUGGAGCUUCUGGAUCCAGAACAAAAUUCAAAUUUUCUGGAUCAUUAUCUUGAUGUUCCAAUUGACUUAUCCAAGGUCCUAUUUGUCUGUACAGCAAAUGUGAUCGAAACGAUACCCAAUCCUCUGUUGGAUAGAAUGGAGAUAAUUUCCAUAGCUGGUUAUAUAACUGAUGAGAAAAUGCACAUUGCCAGAGACUAUUUGGAGAAAGCUACACGAGAAGCCUGUGGGAUUCGGCCUGAACAGGUGGAAGUGACAGACGCUGCUCUUCUUGCUUUGAUUGAAAACUACUGUAGAGAAGCAGGUGUUAGAAAUCUUCAGAAACAGAUAGAGAAAAUAUAUCGUAAGGUAGCUCUGCUACUUGUGCGACGAGGGGCAGAUAAAGAAUCGGAAGUUAAAGAAGAACCAGUCCCUGAAUUGGUGGAUGUAGUCGUAGGAGACGUCCAGUUAGUGGGCGAAUCAUUAGAAGAUGGGAAAGUUGAAGUGGUUCCGGAAGCUUCUACAGAAAUGAGUUCUCAGGAAGCAGCAUCAGUAGAUAAAGUGUUGAUAGAUAAAUCGGAGUUGACAGAUUUUGUUGGCAAACCGGUGUUUCAUGCAGAGCGCAUAUUUGAUCAGACACCUAUUGGGGUGGUAAUGGGUCUUGCUUGGACUUCUAUGGGGGGUUCGACCCUAUAUAUCGAGACUAGCAUUGUUGAGCAAGGGGAGGGGAAAGGGGCUGGCUUGCAUCUGACUGGGCAACUUGGGGAUGUGAUGAAAGAGAGUGCACAGAUUGCCCACACAGUCGCCAGAUCUAUAUUGCUACAGAAGGAACCAGAUAACUCUUUCUUUGCCAAUUCUAAGCUUCAUCUUCAUGUUCCUGCUGGAGCUACACCAAAGGAUGGACCUAGUGCUGGAUGUACCAUGAUCACUUCAUUAAUGUCUCUUGCAAUAAACAAGCCUGUCAAAAAGGACAUUGCAAUGACUGGAGAGGUCAUACUGUCUGGAAAAAUUCUCCCAAUUGGCGGGGUGAAGGAGAAGACUAUAGCAGCUAGACGAAGCGGUGUGAAGAUAGUCAUAUUUCCUUCAGCCAACAGACGAGAUUUUGAUGAGCUUGCACCUAACAUUAAGGAAGGACUUGAGGUCCACUUUGUGGAGGACUACAAUCAAAUAUUCGAUUUGGCUUUUGGCGAAAAUAAAACUUCCUUGCAAGACAAUUAGGAUCUUGAUAUUAUUGCUUUGUAAAAUUUUGACUGGAUUUGAUUUUUGUCUGAUCAGUCUGAUUCUUAUUGAAGUUAAAAUAUUAGAAUAAUAUCAUUUAUCCUAAAUUAUUACUAUUAUGAAUUGUUUUGGGUAGAAUGAGGUUUAUUAGGUUAAAAGAAGUUGAUCAUAUAUUUGAUUCUUGA